AUGAGUAAGGUGGACGUACAGCUCGCUGAUGUUAGCAUCAGCCCAGUGCAGUACCAGGCCCAGCUGUUGGCAGCCCUGCAAAUGCGGGACUUGGACAAGUUCACACAGCUACUUGAUCAUUGUAGGGUGGAUGCUUUUAGUUCUGUUCUGGAAUCAGCAUGCAGAGAAGCGGACUGCGCACAGUUUGUUCAACAGUUACUGCAGCAUGGAGCAGACCCCAACAUAUUGAACCCUGUGCUCUUACAAACUCCUCUUCAUAUCACAGCUGAGCUGGGGUGCUAUGAAACACUUCAAGUGCUGCUAUGUGAUGAUAAAAUAAAUGUGGAUGCUUUAGAUUGGCUUGGCAACACUGCUCUUCACUACGCUGCUCAGAACAAAGACCAGGACACUGUUCUGGCCCUGUUGGAACACGGCUCAUAUAUCGGGUCAAGAAACCAUGCAGGGGACAUGCCAGUCUCUGACAUCGAACCAGAGACUCUAGAAAAAUUCUUAAACACACGCUUGAAGAUGCCAAAUGAUGAGUCACUGUUGUUCAAGUAUGACUUUCUUGUCCCACCAGUAGCCCUUGACUCUGCUUUGCUGAAAAACAAGUUGUCUGAUGAGAAAGACAAUGUGAUAAAGAAAUUAAGCAGUCCAAGUCCAGAAAUGGACCCCAUAGUUCAGAUCAGCCUCUCAUCUAAACAACAACACCUGCUUCUUCAUCCGAUAAUAUCAAGUUUUGUACAUCUCAAAUGGCAACAUGUACAAAAAUUCUAUUACUAUAAUCUUGCAUUUUAUGUUUUCUUUGUGUUGCUUGUGACCUUUAUCAUACUUCACCACCACAUAACUGCCAUUGAUGAACACAGGAAAUCCUGCUGGUUGAACCUGUCAGCUGUCUGUUUCUUCAAGAUUAUUAUGAUCACUCUGCUGGCCAUUUGCUGUUUCUGUCUGAUUUUCAAGCUUUUGUUUCAAGUUUGCAUAUCUCCAGUACAGUAUCUCCACAAGUGGAGUACCUACCCACAGUUGGUUCUGACGCUGUUGACGAUCAAUGUCUUAUUCAUUGAUUCGGGUACUGGAGAUAGUGCAGUGACGGUGAUCACGCUGUUCCUAGCGUGGACCCGGUUACUUCUUUUAACAGGAGAACAUCCAGCCAUAUCCAUAUGUUUCCACAUGUUCCAGAAAAUCUCCUGUACAUUUCUGAAGCAUCUGGCUUGGUAUUCUCUCUUGAUUAUAGCUUUUUCUCUCAGUUUCUAUGCCCUGUUUCAUGACAGCAAGGCAUAUAUUGCAGAGAAAAAUGUCUCGAGCAAACUAUUUCACAAUCCACUGAUCUCUUUCUUCACAACUGUCAGCAUGUUUGUGGGGGGAUUUGAAACUAAGUUCCUUCCAUUUGAAACAGCUUCUGGGACAAGUCAUAUAAUUUUCAUAAUGUUCAUGUUCUUCCUAACUCUUGUUCUUCUGAACAUGUUCACUGGCUUGGCUGUUAGCCACGUUCAGAAUGUUCAAAGUAAAUCAGAGCUUGUACGUCUGACAGCAGAGGUGAAUGCAGUAUUUGACAUUGAAAAGCUGGUGCUGGGGAAUCCCGUGUGUAUCCAUAUGUGGAUGAGACGGCUCAACCUAAGCCAUAAUGCAGUGAUUGUGGGGAUUUUUAAGUCCUUUGUAUACCUGUGGCUGUCAUUCAGCUGGUUGCAGUGUUUCAGGAACAUUCAUCACAGUGUCUUACUUUUCCCUGACUCAAGCUUUGACUAUGCAAAUAUUGUGUAUCCAUUUGGAAACAGUGUGAAUGUGACUUGGAAUUACAGGCUGGACCACAAAGUUCUUCUGCAGGCAGCCAACAUUGUGCAAAAGAAAAAUGAUGAAGCAAGGCAGCAGUUAGAUUGCUGGGCAGUGUUUGAAUCUUAUGAGGAACGCUUGAAUAAUAUUGAGGCAUCCCAAUUGAGGUGUGAGGCCCUACAGCAAGAAAUUCUGCAGCUUCUGCGUUUAAGAUAG